AUGAAUGUUGGAUCUAUUCAAAAAGUUGUUGAAAUUCCUCUUCCAACUUCAAACCAAACUGUUGAAAUUGAUUGUGAUCAACUUGGAACUGCGAGAGAAACUCUUAAUAUGUUUGGCAAUGAAGUCACUGACAUGAAAUACUGGAUUCAUUUUGCACUUUUUUAUAACGUAAAGCGUGAUUCUCCUGAAGAAGCCGUUAGUAUUUUAGAAAGAGGUCUUUUGUCACCCGGAUCAUCAGAAGAUCGUUGUAAAUGUUUGAACUUACUCGCGAGCAUUUACUUUAAAAUGUACAAGGCACCAAAGUAUCAAGCAGAUGUUGACCAAAAAAAUCAUUUUUUGAUUCAAGCUACUGAGAAAUUCAACGAAGCUUCCCAAUUAAAUCCUCAUAAUCAAGUUUCUUUGGUGGGUAAAGGUCUUAUAUACCUUGCAAAGAAAGAUCCGGUGCAAGCGCACCGUGAAUUCACCAAUGCUUUAAGAGUUUCCCCAAAUUUUAUACCGGCUCUUUUCGGUUUGGCUCGUAUACAAUAUUCUCAAAAAACAUUCAAGGAUGCCCUUGCCACAUAUCAGAGAAUUGCUAGAUUAAACCCUUUUAUGACUCAUCCUGAUCCUCGUAUCGGAAUUGGUCUUUGUUUCAACAAAUUGAAUCGGUUCGAUGAAGCUGUUCAGGCCUUUGAUAGGGCCGUUGUAAUGAAUCCAAGUAGUGUACCAGCUAAUAUCCUUCUUGCCACUAUCGAAUUUGACAUUUCAAAGCAACUUGAUCCCUAUGAAGAUAUACCUGAUGAAGAAAGGUUAGCUAAUUAUUGUUCUGCCAUGGAACGUGUGGAGUUGGCCCUUGAUAUCGAUCCAACUAAAUCAAGUGCUUUGAUUCUUAUGGCACAUGGGUAUUACCUUCGAGAAGAGAUGGAUUUCGCACUUGAAGCGUUAAGACGCGCUGAGAAAUAUGCGGAUUCCCGAUUUAUGCAAUCCGAAACGCAUUAUCAAUUAGCAAGAGCUUUUCAUUUCAUGGAAGAUUUUGAUAAAGCCUUUUAUCAUUAUUAUCAUGCUAUAGACAUUAAUGAAAAUCAUACUUCAGCUCGUUAUGGGUACGGACAGAUGUUAAUUCAUAAUGGUUAUUACGAUGAGGCAAAAGCUGAAUUCGAGAAGCUAUGGCACCUAAAUAUCAAAAAUAUGGAUGUUACCACAGUUUUAUGCGUGUUGAACGCUCACAUUGGCUUUAAUGAUUCGGAUCAAUCAGUUAAGCAAAAGGCAUUAACGGAUUUUGAUAGAAUCUCAAAAGCUUUUGUAGAGGAUAAAUAUAAAAAUCCCGACAUUUCAACCGUAAAGGCUUGGUUCUUCGAGCAAAGGAAAAAUCCAGUUAAAGCGCUUGCAUCAUUAAAAAAGGCAAAGGAAUUAUAUGAACGCCUUCAUAGGCCAGUUCCAUUCGAACUUCUUAAUAGAAUGGGAAAUAUGGCCUUUAAAGCUAAAUAUCAUACCGAAGCGAUUGAACAUUAUAGUGAAGCAUUAGAAAUUGUCAGGAAAUUGCCGUCGAAGGGAGGAUAUCGCGGACUUGCAGUGUAUUAUAAUUUAGGACGAGCCCAUGAGGCCGCUCACAAUACAGAGCAAGCGAGAAAAAUCUAUAAAUACAUUAUAGAUCAUGGUCCCGAAUUUGUUUUGGCACGAUUACGCUUGGCUGCGAUUGAGGAAAAGCUUAAGCAUCAUGGAAAAGUCGAUGAAAUUAUCCAUGAAGUUUUAGACCUCGAUGAAGACAAUGUGGAAGUCAAAAAAAUUCAAGCACUAUAUCAAUUAAGGCGUGGCGAUUAUCAUAGUCCUAGAAACCUUUUGCAUACUUUGGCGGAUAAAAAUGAUUUAGUAGCCAUGACAGCAUUAGGUAGUCUCUACCUUAUUAAGGGACGUCAACUCAAACAGGAGCAAGAAAAAUCACAGAGGGAAGUCUAUUACAAAAGAUCUGUAGAAUUAUUCCAAAAGGCUUUAAAUUUGAACUCGAAAAAUAUAUGGGCAGCUAAUGGUAUUACCGUGGCAUUGGCAGAAACCGGAAGAAUGCAAGAAGCAAAUGAGGGUUUCUGGAAAAUAUUACAAAAUUGUCCAAAGCCUGAAUUCAAUAUUAAUUACGCACAUACUUGUGCCCUUUUAGGCGAUUAUGGAAACGCAAUACGUUUCUACGAAGUGGCUUCUAAAAAGUAUCAACAUAGAGAUCAUCAAAUAAUGGAAUGGAUCGCAAGAGUUUAUUACAUAACCGGAAAAGAACGAAAGAACCUUGAAUCAUUAGAGACAGCUUUAGAUUGGACUCAGAGAGCACUCAGGCUGAAACCAGAUCAUAAAAUUGCGCUCCAUAACCUUGCUUUGCUCCAACAAACCCGUGCCCAAUUGAUUAGCGAAAGGAUCAAGGGAGGCCAAUCAAAAGCAGCUCCGACUGCUUCAACAACUUCAACAAAUACAAAUUCGACAACCGCAACGUCCCCAAAUAUUUCAUUAAUGGAAUUAAAGAAAGUGAUGGAUUGGACUCAAUGGUCUACAAAGACAUUUGAGGAGAUACUUAAAGACGAAUAUAAGAAAUUGAUGUUCGAUCGUGAGUUAGUAAAGCAUCGCGUUGCCUUCGGAAAAUCGAUUUUUCAAAGCUUUGAUAAAAAGAAGAAGGAGCUUGAGAUAAUGGAAGAACAAAAGGAGGUUGAAAGAAAAGAGAGAGAAAAGAUCGAUGAAGAGGAACGACUUGUAGAAGAACAAAAGGCCGCUGAGGAAGCAGCUUUAGAAGACGAAAGACGUAAAAGGGCCGUGGAAGAGGACAGGAUUAGAAAUGAGCGUCUUCAGGAGUAUGCUGAGAAGCAGAGGAUUUUAUAUUCACGGGAAGAAAAAUCAAAAAGAAGGAGGUACUCUUCCGAUGAAGAUGAAAAAAAUAUGUCUUCAAGAAAAGCUCGUAGAGGCUUUUAA